ACAUGGAGCAGUGACUUACAAUUGAUAUUACGGUACACGUAAAUAGGAAAUGUGGAAGGGCCAGUCAAACGUAUGAGGAUACUACCUGUAAUUUAGGGCGACCUCGACAAGCGGAAUAAAGCCAACAAGAUUCUAAACAGGCAGGACUGGAUGGAUGGCAUUGACCAGAAGACUGUUCCCGUGUACGUCUGAAGGAGCUUAGGAGAAGCUGUAGUCUAGGUUGCUGUAAAGGGUGCUGAAAAUGACUCUGGGAAAGCUGGCCGGACACCAGAAACAAGCUACGAAAAAAGCUGCGGAGUCGACUCUCUACCAUGUUCAUCCGAAAGGUUUUUGGAAGAAAUUCCGCGAUGCUCUGGUCGUCAAUCCUGAAAUCUCGAGUGGCAUUCCAUUAGCCGGAAUCUACAGAUGGCCGCAGCCUGGUUCCAGACCAGAGAAGUACUCAGCUCCGGCAACCAAGGCUUCCGACCCCGCCCAGAAUCCGUACUGGAAGAGAGACGUUCGAAGGGCAUAUCCCCAACUUUCUGUGGUCACGCAGCCCGACCUAUCGUCACUUCUCAUCCAGCACUUUGAAGCUCAGGCAAUUCCCGCACCAUCAGAAGCCAAAGAAGGAGAGAAAGUGGAUGUCCCUACAAAGACCCAGGAGAUCAUAGAUUUGACAGGCGCCAUUGCUGCAAUCACAUCUGUGCACAAGGUGUAUGACCAGUCGAAACUCCCCCCGAAGGUGCCCACACCCUUCAAGAAGUGGAAAGCCGAGCUCGCGCCGGACGCCCCUCAUGAUCCCAAUGCCUAUUUCCCAAUGUUGCUAUACAAGUAGUCGACUUUUGCAUCCAACUCGAGGAAUUUUCCACUUCUUAUUGUUGGCGAUGAACCAAGAGAUAACCAUCAUAUCUUCCGCGCCGCGGAUAAUGAUCCAGCAGGCGGAGAUGCUUUCGAUGUGAAUAGGCACCUUCGGGUGUAUGGAGUGUACAGGAGUUUCUUUGUGCUUUUUUAUGGACUGAAGCCUAGCAACAUUUUCAUUUAGGGUACGUUACUCAGUCACUGAGCUGUGUGACAGUCGUGUUCGGUGCGGUUGAACCACUGUUAAUUUACUUCUUUGGGUUGAGAAUUUUCUAGAGCUCACUGAU